AUUUUCUUUUUUCUUUCUUUCUUUUCUCAUUAUAAUAUUAAUUAACCAUAUUAUAUAUUUAUGAUAAACAUUCUCAACAAGAAUUUGAGUCUUGAUCAUAACUCAAUUCGUUGCAUCUCAUUCGGAACUUUCUCUCUAAAUCUCUUUCAGAGAGAAAAAAAAAUAUAAGAGAGAGUAAGUUUUGAAUAGGAGGAGGUGGUCGUCGUGGUGGGCACCGGUGAAAAUAGUCUAUACUAUAGCCUUAGUUAUUUGACUUUCAUCAGAGUCGCAUUGCUUUUCUUCUUUCUUCACUUUUUGAGCUCUUUUGUUUUUCUCUCUUCUAAACCUUUCCUUCGACCCCAUCGUGUUCGCCACUUCUUUCUCAAUCUUCAACAUCGUCCUAUACCAACUGCUUCUUCUUCCUCGUUGUCGUUUUUUUUCUUUGUAACGCCUCUGUUUUCUUGCAACGACAUAUAUGUUUAUAUAAUUGACAUUUGAGGUGGUUUGUAAUUUAUUAAAGCCGAAUUCGCAACUGGGUUUCGAUAAUUUCGAGUUCUUCUUUGUUUAUUUGGUAGCAAAUUAAUGCAAGUAUCCACGUUUCCAUCAAUCUUUGGUUCUGUUUCUCUCGUUGUACAAAAAAUCCAACAUUGGAUUUGUAAAUGAGAAAGGUUUUCAAGGCUGAGUUUUUAGGGUCCGAAACACGUUCUGGGCCACCAAGAAAGGAAGGUUCGUAGUUGUAUUCUCUCUUUUUUCACAUUUUUCUUUUUUUUUAUUGCUCCAUUUUCAUGGAAGUUGCGCCAAAAGGUUCCUUGUCCAGCUCAUCCAAUCCAGGAAUGUUCUUCUAAUAAAUCAGGUUUUUAAUAACUUAAUCCCAGCUUUCCAAACCCAAAUCUUUUUCUGUAAUUUAAUCCGUUGGUUCGUGUUUUGCUUCAUUUCAACACAACCUGGUUUGUUGGUGUAUUCAUUUGGGGUUGAUGGGUUGCGCAAGCUCUAAGCAAAAGCGAUGCCGGAACUGCCAGGGCCCUUAUUCACCGGUGCCGCGAAGUUACUCAAUGCACGUCCACCACCCGCCGGAGAAGAAAGGCGACAGCUAUCAUUUGGUCGCCCUUACCUCCUCCACCUUGGGCUCUAUCAUGCUCGAAUCCGCCUUUCAAAACGACAACAACCACAACCAUGACGACCGUGACCGCGACCACAAGGUAACCUGUAAUGGGUUCGAUCAUAAAAAUGAUAAUCUCAAUAGCAAAGACUUUGCAGUCGGACUUGUUGAGGCCAAGACUUGGUCUAAUAUGAUAAACGAAAAAAUCCCAAAAGUGGUUCCCAAGACUCCGAUCAGAACACCUCCAGGAGAGCCUGAAACGAUUAAUGCUUGGGAAUUAAUGGAAGGUCUUGAAGAUAUUAGCCCUUUCAGGUCACCCAUUCACGUUCGAAGCUUCUCCUUUGAUAUUGUUCGAGAUCCAAAUCCAAUGCCCACUUCUCCUUUAAAUCGUCCCAAAUCACGGUUUCAAGAGAAUAACGUUUCGGCUUCGCCCAAGCCCAUGUGGCUUCAUUUGUCAAACAAAGAAGACUUGAAUUCAAAUUCAAAUUCUGGAGUUACUGAAUUUGAUCCUGAAAUCAUCUCCAGUUUCAGAAAAUCGCUUGAGGAGCUCUCCCCAGAUCAUGAAAAGCAUCUGGGCACGGCUGGAAACGACUUGUCAAUGGAUACAGAGAUGGAAAACGACACAUUUGAAGAUAAAAAAUGGCCAUCGUACGACAAAGUUAAAGAGAAGCUAAUUCUCUACUUCACGAGCCUACGAGGGGUUAGGAAGACGUACGAGGAUUGCUGCAAUGUGAGGGUGAUCCUAAAAAGCCUCGGUGUAAGGGUAGAUGAGCGCGAUGUUUCAAUGCAUUCGGGGUUCAAAGAUGAGCUUAAAGAGCUUUUGAAAGAUGGCUUCCAUGGAGGUGGUUUGCCAAGAGUGUUUAUGGGGAACAAAUACAUUGGUGGAGCUGAUGAAAUCAGAAGAUUAAACGAGGAUGGUCAGCUAGAAAAGUUGCUCGAAUGCUGUGAAAAGAUUGAUGAUGACUGCGGAGAUGGUGGUGGAGCUUGUGAGGCUUGUGGGGAUGUAAGGUUUGUGCCAUGUGAGACAUGUUCAGGGAGCUGUAAAAUAUACUAUGAAGCAGAGGAAGAAGAACAACAAGAACAAGAAGAUUAUGGGUUUCAGCGUUGUCCUGAUUGUAAUGAGAAUGGCCUUGUACGCUGUCCCAUUUGUUGUGAUUAGAUCAAUAACUUGUGACAUUAUAAUUAACAAGGUAACCUUCUUCCAUUUUUGUUGAAGUUCCUUUCCUUUUCUUUUUUGGCUUGGUGAGUUGUUUUUGUUGUACAGUUUAUAGUUUUUCAUUUUGGUCAUGUUUGAGAGAAGAGAUCAAUGAGGGAAAGAAAAAAAAAGAACUGUAAUGGGAAUCAGUGAAGAAUGUUGUUCCAAAACAGAUUCCCUCAACCUUGUAGUGUGUCAUUACAACUUGUAUAAUUUCAUUUCCAGAAAUACAGAAAAGAAAAAGGCUUGUAUACUUUAA